GCAAAAGCGGUGUAAGAAGAAGCAGAAGACGAAAAAAAUAUGUGCAAGCAAAUCUCGCGAAAGAAAAUGAAAUUUGCAGCACUUGCCGUGUGUGAAAUGUGAACGCAGAGUGCACUUUGCAAAAACGAGACAAUAACCAGCAUUUUAGUGUUUAUUUGAAGGGCUAAAACAACCGCUAAAAUACCGUAAAAAUGAAGCGAAAAUACGAAAAUUGCGUGCUGCAGCAGAGGCAGCAACAAAAACGCUAUUUGUUGUAGAUAUACAUAUAUAAAUAUAUAUAUGCAAAUCUAUACAUAAUAAAGUGGAGUCCGGCGAAGAAUUGGAUGCGCGAUAAUAAAUAAUAAUAAUAAUAAUUAAUUCAAAGUACGAACGGGCGCGCGAGCGAGAGAAAAGAGGCGAUUGAAAAAGAGGCGCGAAAAGUUCGCAACAAAAUGGUUGUCUCCAAAGACAACAACAAGCGUCGCCGCAAGGAGACGGAGACGCCUCCACCGCCUACGCCCGCCCCGCCCACCGCGGGGCUGGCACCUCCUGCGGCAGUGGCGGCCAUCGAGUCCUCUCCCGAAAUGCCCAAGAGAACGAAGGUGCAGGCUCAGCGCAAAUUCGCCCAGGGCCAGAGUGCGCCCAGCAGCUCCUCGAGCCUUGCCUACAGCGCAGCAGCAGCGGCAGCUGGAUCCGGAUCGGGGCCCAGCACCUCCGGAGCAGAUAGCUCUCAGCCGCCCAUCGAGAUCCUGCCCAACAAGUGUCCCAAUGCGCAGGACUUCCUCACCUUUCUCUGCUUUCGCGGCACUCCGGCACUGCCCGCCCACUUGGAUUUCCUGAACCAGGGCAAGUCCAAGGGUUCGGAGUCCACACCGACAGGAGGCAACAAUAAUAACAAUGCAAAAAAGGCCAAUAAUAGUAGAGCGGUCCUGGGAGGCAACAAAAAGAAGCGGGGUCGUCCUGCUAAAGUAGCGGCCAAGAAAGUGGAAGCGGUAGUCUCCGUAACGGAGCCCACCGAGAAACCCUCAACAGCAGAAAAAGCAGCCAGUGAUAAAAACAAUCUCAUUGCAGCAAUAGUCCCGGAAACUCCUUCGCCAACGCCUACUCCUGUGCUGCCAGGAGCGGUGCGCAAACGAGCAGAGAUUGUCACCGAUGGCAAUCGACGAGGAGCACGAGGCAGGGGAGCAGCCGGAGCCGGUGCUACUCCUGACAAGGCAGUGAAAGCAGCAUCCUCAAACGACAACAAGCGCCGCUCCAAUCGUGCUAGCACUAAGGAAAGCAAACCCAUAAUAGAUGAUGACCAUUCAGACGAUCUGGAGGAACAAGAAGCAGAUGAGGAUGAUGAAGAGUUCUUCUCUGCUCAUGAUGCCAGCUCGCGUAAUGGUGAGGAGGUCAAAGCAGAUAGUCCCGUGAAAGCAGAGCCCACUAAGCGAGGUCGACCGUCGGCGGGCAAGAAAGCAGCGGAGCCCACCCCGGAAUCCCAGCCAGCUGCGAAGGACAAGGGGCCCGUUAAGCGCGUUAGGCAACGGGAGUCGCCUAUUUUCAUACCCUCACCCGAAUCCUCUGGCCGCAUGACAAGACAGCGGGCUUUUUUCGAACCCGUUAAGGUUCCGCCGCAUCAGGAGGAACCUGCCGACCAGGAUUCGACAAAGGAAGAGCCCAAAAAAGAACCUGAGUCGCCUGCAAGCAAACCGGAAAAGGAGUCAGAGCCUGCUAAGCAGAUCAAAGAAGCCAAGGAGAAGACGAAUUCCAGUAUUUAUGCCAAAGACGCCAAGCAGCAGCUGGAGAAUGGAGACAGUCAGCAUGGUGCGGGGACCAAGGGCAAGAAAAGUCUAAAUGUCUUUGAUUUUAGUUCAGAUGAUGAGCAGCCGCUGGCCAAGUCCAUUAAGCUGAAAAAGGGCGGCAAAGGGACAAGCCCCAAGAAAGGUGGAGCGGCAGCUGCUCCGGCGGCCAGGAAUCGCAAGGCGGCAGCUAAAAAACUGGAGAAGGAAAAAGAAAUAGAAAAAGCAAGGCAGCUGGAAAAAGAAAAGCAGAAGGAAAGGGAACUAGAGAUAGAAAAAGAAAAAGAAAAGGAAAAAACCAAGGAAAAAAAAGAAAAGGAAAAGGAGAAGGAAAAGGAGCCUGUUCCAGAGAGCAAAGUGGAGGAGCCACCCAGUGGCGGGAAAAGAGGGAAAGCCGGCAAAAAGAAAGCAGAGGAUGCUCCAGCCGAUGAGCAGGAGUUGGCGCCCCCCUCCUCCAAAAAAGCCGCCACCAAUGCCCGCGGAUCUAGGAAGUCGGCGAAAAGCAAGGCUUCGGAAGACUCCGCUGAGCUAGAACCUCAGCGAACCCAGCGACCCUCCCGUAAAACCAAGGAGGCAGCGGCCAUCUACAUGGGCAUUAUUGGCCACAAACUGCAGCUGGCCGAUGACGAGGAGGAUGAUCUGUCGAUGAGCAGCUUUCCUGACAUACCCAACGUCAAGGAAAUGGAGAAGAUGGAGAACGAGAUCAAACGUAAUGCGGCGGGAAAGUUAAACGUGCCGGAGGCCACGACGGUGCUUUCGGCAGGCAAACUAACCCGUAAGCCGUCGCCCCGACCCAAAAAUUCGCCAGCCACUGCUUCGGCAGAAGCCACCAGGGAUGCGUCCCCCUCCCCGCCAGAAGCCGAGGAGGAAAAGCCACCGCCCCCAGCCCGACGUGGACGUCCGCCCAAACAGAGCAAGGCAUCCGCAACCGCUCCACCCCCCAAACCGCCCAUCGAGGGCAUGCUGGUGAAGAAGGGCUCCCUGGCCAAGAUAUCUGAGCAGCAGGCCAAACCCAAAGCCAAGUCCGAACAUUCGAAAGUCGACUCCGACGAGGAGGAGGACUUUCUCAUUAACGAGGAACUAAACGAAACUAAGCGGAAGCUGGAAAAGAGUUUCAGUGACUCGGACGACGAACCGCUGGCCAUUAAAGUGCCGGUAGUGGCGGCCAAGGAGAAAGAAGUAUCGCCACCAAAGAUGCCCAGUCCGCCGCCAAAAUUAAUGGCGAUCCCAUCGCCCAUUUCUGUGCCCACGCCUCUAAUUUCGGUUACUCCUUCGCUGGCGGUGCCCAAUACACCACCGGCCACCACUAGCACCACCCAGCUGACUAUGCUCCCGUUGACGGCCAAGGCUACGCCAACGCUGGGUACUAUGCCCAUGUUUCCAUGCAUGCAUGCAAGUUAUUCACCGCUCAAAACCAUGGAGAAGAAACCGCCGGUGCCCACGUCCAAGAUCCUGAACGUUCCCGCCACUUAUGCGCUGCCGGGAAGUGGCAGUGGUGCCGUGAGCUUCCAGAAGACGUCCUCGUAUCUGCCGCAGGCAUCGCCCCACUACCAUUCGGGCUAUGUGCGUCCACCACCCACGCCCACCCAUCAGUUUGGAGGCGGAACGCCAUCUGGGAGUAAGACUCCCUCCCAGGGCUCCUCGCCGUUAAAGUAUCAAACGCCACCGACCACUUAUCCGCCGCCCAUCGAGGCCUAUCAGUGUCCCAAGAUCAACCCGAACUUUCUGACGCCCAAGUACGAGCGGAGUCCAAUGCCGAGAUCAUCGACCAGCAGCUUUCCAAGCCCAUCGCCGGUAAAGUUUCUACCCACAUCGGGAACCACAGCUACCACCGUGGGCACACCCUCGUCUGCCACUAAGAGCCCGUUGGCACCACCGCCACCUUCCCCUCCAGUCAGUCAAGUGGUCAUCCAGACGUCCAGCUUAAAUCUGAGUAUGAGUAUUGCUGCUACAGUGAACGCAGCACCAAUGUCCGUGGCCUCCACGUCAGCGGCAGCAGCUCAUCAGGCGACUGUUGGCGCCACAAUAACAGCCACCUCCACGCCACCGCCCGCGCACAGUAAUAGUGCAGGAACUGGAGGAGGAGCCGGCCCAAAUUCCGAUCCUCUCAAGGACGAGAUUGGGAGUAUUCUGGCGCAGGCCACGUUGAUGCCAAGCAAGGAGGAGUCUGGCAAGAUCUUCGGCAUUGCCAGCGUGAGUUUGGCGCAGAGUUCUGGGCCGGACAACACCAAGUGCACACUGGGCAAGUGUGGAUCGAUACACAAGCCUGUGCUGGGCCCAGUGGUGCCAACGGAGGGAUACUUUGGCGACCAGUUGUCCAGCAAGGAGCGGCGCAAGGCAAAGGUGAACAUGACGCAUGAACAGAUUCAAAAGUGGCUCAUUGAAUGCUCAUCUAAUCCGGAUGAAAUCCAAGACGAUUUGGAUGAUGAUUUUGAUGACAGUUUAAGACCCCAGCAAUCCACUACUCCGCCGCCUACGAGAGAUGAUAAGGAGCUAAGUGCGAGCUUCAGUUCGUCGUCGAAAAAUACGCGCGGCGAUCUGGGCAAGAGUGAGAGUGCCUGGUCGGCCAAGGGGCCAUCUCUGAAGGCCACGCCAGUUCUGGUUACUCCACCAAGUCGCAAGGAGCAGCAGGAGCACGCAGAUGGAAAAGAUUGUGAUGCCUUGGAUUAUGACAAAUCCUCAACACCUGUGAAUCUCACACAGAAGAUCACGUCCAAUGAGUCAACGGCUGUCGAAAAGAAAAUCAAUGAUCGGAAGACCAAGGAGUCGGUUAAAUCCGCUGCAUCCAAAGCUGCUCCUCAACCCCGAAGUGCUGCUGCCACGCCUCCCACUCCCAUUUCAUCCACACCUACUCCGAUGUCUCUGACUCCAUCUAAGAGCAGCCCCACUCCACCGCCAGCCAUCAAGCAAAAACCGGAGAAGGGGAAGAGGAAUGCCACUUCUGGAGGCGGUGCAACUUCAAUAGCUUCUCCGCCUGCUGCACCCACUCCACCUAACCCCAAGCGAACGCCUGUUUACAAUCAAAAGAACGCCAGGGCACAGCAGCAACAGGCGGAGCCGAAAUUGGCAGCUAAUCCUCCAAGCGGAACGGGAGCCAAAAGAGAAUCGGUUUAUGCCUUUGGCAAGGAGGAAGAGACGGGCACCAAGUCUGGAAAUCGUCGGCGGGCGGAUCCUAGUCCAGUUUCUGCCCCAGCUCCCGUUCCCAACGCACUGAGUGAGCGAUCUCCAACCAAAAAGCGGGCAGCAGCCGCGGCGGCGGCCACGGCGGUUCAACUAACGCUUAGUCCUACGGAGAACUGCAAAAUCGAGGGCAAACCGAAGGCAGCAACUGGAAGAGCAGCUAAAAAGCAACAGCAACAAACACCAGCUCCGCCAGCACCACCCGUGGAAGCCAGUGGAGAUUCGGAUGCAGAGGGUGCCACCUUCUACAUACCCCUUCAAGGAGCCGGAGUAGGUGGCAGCGGUGAUGGAGGCAUCCAAGGUGUGGCAGUAAAGCUGGGACGAGAGGGACCCGAUGGCCCCAAUCAAAAGGUGGUAAUGCAGGCCACUUUGGUGACAAAAGCACAGAUGGACACCAAUUCGAAACCACUGCCGGAGUCCUUGAACACCAACGAGCUGGUAAAGACCCUGCUGCAUGCGGCCAGCAAUGAUGCGGCCUCGACCACCACAAGCCUCAAGAGCUUGCCCAAGGCGAGCACUUCGGCAGCAGCAGGAGCAGGAACUAAUCCUGGUGCCUCCAGCUUGGUGCGAGUAAACUCAAACUCGUCACUCUUCUCUGGAUCGGCUAAGUCUCGAACAGCUGCCCAGACGAGCUCCACGGCGGCUGCAGUGGCCAAGAAGUACAAGGAUGACACACCCAUUAAGAUGGCCAACAAUACGGCCUUCCCGCGACACGACGAUCCCACACAAAUGGUGGAAGCGCCCAUCUUCCGGCCAACGGAGAAGGAGUUCGCCGAUCCCAUCGAGUUCAUUGAACGGAUCACCCCGAUAGCGGCCAGGUUUGGCAUCUGCAAGAUCAUUCCGCCGGCCAGUUUCAAACCGGAAUGUCGGAUAUCGGACGAGAUGCGCUUUACGGCCUACAAUCAGUACGUACACAAGAUGCUCCAUCGCUGGGGACCGAGUGCCAAGGAGCUAAGUGCUAUUAAGAAGUACCUGGCCACCCAGAGCAUUGUGAUGAAUCAUCCUCCUUGGAUCGGUGGAAUGGAGGUGGAUCUGCCACGAUUGUAUCAUACUGUCCAGGAGCUUGGAGGCCUUAAGGAGGUAAUCGAAAAGAAGAAGUGGGCGCGCGUGGCGGAGGAAAUGUGCAUACCAAAGCUGGCCCAAGAUCGGGUGACCAAGCUGGACGACAUCUACUGCAAGUACCUGUUGCCCUACGAUACGCUGUCGCCGGCGGAGCGCCAAAAGCUCUUUGAUGAGGUGGAGGCGGAUUGGGCAAAGCGGGAGGCGCGAGCGCGACGGAAUGCGGAUCGCUUCGUGAACACGGAGAGCGUGUCCAACGAAGAGGAUGAUCUGAGCAGUGACGAGGAUGAAGAGUCCGAGGAGGAGAUCGACGGCGUGUCCAUGGAGUGUAUCGUGAAGGGAAGGAGUAUGCCCCUCAGUCAGUUCUACAGGAUUGCCCGGAACACGAUGGCGCUGUGGUUCAAGAGCACCGAUCCCACGGUCAACGAAGUGGAAGCGGAGUUUUGGCGACACGUGGCCGUCCGGGAUAGCCAUGUGUGCGUCCACUCGGGCUCGAUUGAUAGCUCGGGCUGGGGCUAUGGCUUCCCUAGUCCGGGUCCCAAGGGGAAAGGUUCCAACUAUGCCAGGCAUCCGUGGAACCUGAAGGUAUUGACCAAUAAUUCUGGUUCUGUUCUGCGCUCCUUGGGUCCGGUCAUGGGCGUCACCGUUCCCACACUCCACGUUGGCAUGCUCUUCUCCGCCUGCUGCUGGUACAGGGAUCCACACGGCCUGUCUUGGAUCGAGUACCUUCACACGGGUGCCUCCAAGCUGUGGUACGGAAUUCCCGACGAUCAGAGUGCGAAUUUCAGGUCGGCCUUGACGUCGCUGAUCCCGACGCACUGCCAGAACAAGACCAUUUGGUUGCCCUGUGAUACGGUGAUGGUGCCACCGCACAUGCUAACGGAUCGAGGCGUUUCCCUGUGUCGCAUCGAGCAGAAGCCGGGCGAGUUUAUUGUGGUAUUCCCACGGGCCUACACUUCCAGCCUGGCCACGGGCUAUGUGGUCUCCGAGAGCGUUUACUUCGCCACCAUGUCAUGGCUGGAUUUGGCCAAAGAUGAUUUCAGGGACAUCCAUGAGAGCUGUGAGCCGGCCAUGUUCUCGCUGGAGCAGCUGUUGUUUGCUCUGGGCUAUGACCAGCGUGUGAACUCUGAUGCUCUGCAUCAAAUGCUGCCAAUGCUCAAUGAUGUUUGCGAGAAGGAAUCGGCAGCCAGAGAGCAACUUAGGGCUGCUGGUGUGACAUCCACCGAGAAAGUGCAAGCGGAGAAAGGUCAGAAGGCCAAGAAGCAGCAGCAGCCUCCAUACAAGUCGAUCGAGAGCGAAUGCGACCUGUGCCGCGCCAACCUGUACAUAUCGAUGGUGCGGACCGAGGACGGAAAUAUUUAUUGCCUGCAGCAUGCGCUGAAGAACCUCAACAACGGCAACAUCCAGGCCAAGCAAUGCAAGCUAAUCUACGCGUACAACGUGGAUGAUAUACAGCAGCUAAUAAGGCAACUACAGGAGAAGAUUAGCCACAAGGCGGCGGUAAAGAAAAAGUAGCAUCGUCGGCGUCGUUACUAAUCGGCGGCGCAAGUUACAGACACAGAUAGAGAUACGGAUAGGAAUACGGAUUAGAAACACCGCGCUGAUGUACAUAUAAAACAAAAUGUGUAUACGUAUGUGAUUCGCCAUCGCUAGUGAGCAGCUAAAAUGAUAAUUGGGUGAAAUAUAGUUUUGACUAUGUGUUGAUACAAGGACGUAUUAAUUGAGCGUUGAGACAGCGACCCACAAAACACAUAUAUUUAUGCAACGUUUAUCUCCCAGUUGACUAACUGACACUAUUACUAACUGUAUGAUAAGAGCGUAGGAUCGGAUAUUGAGAUGUAACUGUUUACAUUUCAACGUGGCAAUGCUUUCAAUUUUGACUAGUUUAUACACAUUAUGUCGAUAAGAAGUUUGCAAUGAAUUUUGUUUUCCAUUUGGUUUUUUUGUUAUGCAAUAUAUACCCCUCCCCGAAAAUGUUAUUAACUCCCUAUUUGUGUUAUUGUAUAUAGAAAGCCUUGUGUAUGUACGUAGUUAGCUAUCAGAUUAAGUCAGAGACCCUCAAAGAAACCAUGCUAACGUGUUGCAAUUUCUACUACCUUUUAUACGCUAAGAUAAUGAGUAAUUACCAUAGCAUCAUAGGACACCAGAGCCCAGAUAUCCACCCCCAUAGAGCAGUAGUUUUAGCACUAAACAAUAGCAAGGGACCGUCCCGGGAUGGAUCUCCGCCAACUAACGAACUAAACGAAAGCCAGAGUUACUAUCGAUGACUGCAGUUGUGCAGUUUGGGAAAACCCAAACCAACCAUACUGUUCACUCAACCAAAAACGAUACAGACGAAAUCCAUCAUGGACAGGCGAUUGCGAUUGAGUAAAUGAGAACUUUUCACUAGAUGUUCAAUGUAUUUAUAUAGUAGUAAUACAAUAUUUAAGUAACAAGUGCAACAAUAAAUCUUAACGCGAUAUAUCGAA